UUUUGUAUAUGCAUACGCGUUUAUAUCUGCAUAAACACGCGCAUUGUUAGUUUUCUUUAUUUUUACUCGAUUUUUUUACAAUAUUAUCAAAGAUUUCUUUAUGACGUAAAAAAAUUGCUUCUCUUCAUCAAAGUUUAUUCGCCGUUUAGAAAUGCGGCCUUCUCGACGCGCUAUCACGUGACUCGUGUCAUGUGACAUGUGUUUUGAUGCAGUUUACAGCAAUAUGGCGGCUCUUGCUGUCAAAGUUCGAUGAAUCUAAAAUUUACGUUAUUCGGAGACUCAUUUCUGUCGUGUUUCACGUCUAAUGAGUUAACAUUAAAAGAUGCCUGUUGACAUUAAUCGAUUAACGGAGGGUUGGUUAGAAUUAGAAAGUGAUCCGGGCUUAUUCACCUUGCUCUUGGAAGACUUUGGAGUGAAGGGCGUUCAAGUAGAGGAGAUCUACGAUCUGCAAAAAUCUCUCGAAGGUCCGGUCUACGGUUUCAUCUUUUUAUUUCGUUGGAUCGAAGAACGACGAUCAAGACGAAAGGUCGUGGAGCAGGAUGAGAGUUUUGUCAAGGACGAAGAGAUUGUCAAUAAUAUCUUCUUCGCACAGCAGGUUGUUCCCAACAGCUGUGCGACUCACGCAUUGCUAUCAGUUCUAUUGAAUUGUCCAAAUAUUCACUUGGGUACGACCCUAUCUCGAUUGAAGAUGCAUACUUCUGGUAUGUGUCCGGAAAAUAAGGGCUGGGCGAUCGGUAAUACACCGGAGUUGGCCUGCGCGCACAAUUCACACGCUAUGCCCCAGGCUAAGAGACGGCAAGACAAGAACACUGGUGUUUCUACAGGCCGAUUUACCGGGGAAGCUUUUCACUUUGUGAGCUACGUACCGAUAAACGGCAGACUUUUCGAACUGGAUGGUUUGAAACCUUAUCCCAUGGAUCACGGGCCAUGGAAAGAACACGAAGAAUGGACAGAACAAUUUAGACGCGUCAUAACCGAUCGUUUAGGCAUGGCCACGGGCGAACAGUUGCAAGACAUCAGAUUCAAUCUGAUGGCCGUCGUGCCUGACAGACGUCUCGCUAUCUCGCAUAAAUUGACAAUGCUAAAAACCAAUCGACAAAUAGUUUUGGAAGCUUUGCAACAGUUGGUUAAAUUAAGUCAUCAAGACGGCGGUAAUACCGAAAAAAGCUCGCAUGAUUCCGACAAAGAGAAACAAUGUGAGAAAAGGCACAAGACUGAGGAUGAAAAUGGAUUGCCUAUCAAGACGGAGAUCGAAGAAUCAUCAUCCUCGGUCCCCACCAUCAACGUUGAAAGGAAUAAUGAUUCCGCGAUAGUUAUGGAUGAAUCAAUUUCCGGCAUUGCAUCUGGAAAAACUGAAUCUAGCGGAAUGGAGAAAGUAGUGAUGUGCGCUCUGGAUUAUGCUACACCGCUGCGAAUUCAAACCUCGCCGGCUCACAGUUCGUCGAGCACGGACACGUCGUCGGAAAUAGGAUCGGCCUUCAAUUCGCCCACUCAAGCUUGGGGCUGGAACUCCGGUCAGAGCAGUCCUACAUCGACCAAAGACUUUAAAAAGUUUGUAGUGAUCAGAGUAGCCGGUGACGAGAAGAAUGAAGCAGGUCUGAGUCGUUCUUUGGGAAAUAUCAAUAUAAAUGGAAAGAGAUUGGUAUCCGACAGCGGCCACCUGCACAAGAAGGUCUGCCUAUCGGGGGAAGUCAGGAUUCCUCAUGCGAGAGUGAAAACGAGCAACGGUGACACGGUGACGGAGGAGAAGAAGGUCGAGAAGAUCGAUCCCAAGUUGUGCUCCAAGUAUCCGGAAUUGUUCGAGCCACAUACGUUUGCUCCCAAGGAUCUUUUAGCGCUCUUAAAAAAUUUGGAACACGAGAUCAACGUGUGUGAGACUAGUCUGAAGGAUGAGAAUGACAAGAGGAACAAAUACAAGAUCGACGAUUGUCGGAGGACGCAUAAUUACGACGAAUUUAUUUGUACGUUUCUCUCGAUGCUCGCUCAGCAGGGAAAAUUGGCAGAAUUGGUUCAGCAGCAUUUGACAUUAAAGAAGCACACUUCCGUUUCGGUCAACAGAGUUCACAGGUCAUCAAAAAAGUCUGACACUCGUCAGAAUUCUUCGCGGAGACGUCGUGGCAGAACAAAAUGUAAGAAACGAAAGUAAUCUUUCUAUCUUUAAGACUUACAAUAGGACAGCAUUAUUCCGUUUGUUCGGAACUAUUUGAAUUGUUAAUAAUGGAUAAAAUAUUCUGUGUAGAAAUUAUCAUUUAGUUUUAUAAAAAUCAUGAUCACUUUUGUGACGGGCCACAUAUAAUUUUAAAAUUAUAAUAGAAUCCAUUUCUCUUUGAAUCAUUGACUUUUCAACUUUUAAAACGCUUCUAAUUGUUUAGCGCAAUACAAGUAUUUUUUAGACAAUGGCAUAUAGAGCAAUUUUGAUUCGAUUUCUAUAAAUCAUGAUAAAUAUAAAUUAUAUACUUUUUACAAAUCAACUCGUACACAAUGUAAAUGUUUACACACACAAAUGUAUAUAUAUUUUUUCUACUUUUUUGUGUUAUUAUGCAUAUUGUCCAAAUUGUUGAUAUAUUUGCAAUUAUGUUACUUCGUGUUCCUUUUCAUAUGAAUUGCACGAUUUGUUAAGAGCGCAGAAUGUAUUUGAGUUUCUUUCUUUCCACACUUAUCGAAUUGUUGGGAAAAAGAGGAGACUAUUGGAAAAUUACAAAGAAAAAUAAGUUUUGUCAAAAACAUUGAAAAUAUUUAUCGAUAUUCAUAUACAAGUACAUUACACGCGCUGUGGAUAUGUCCCUUAGAAUCUAAAUACUUACAUCUCCGAACAGCCGGAGAAAGGAGAACCAAACUUAUCAGAUUGGUUGGAAUUACGUUUUUUUAUCAUAAACUGUCGACGGGUUUACAAUCUUCGCCUUUAAGUUGUUUUAUCGUUAAUAUAGUGCAUAGGAACUGUAAUCGAAACGCGCGCGAACGAUUUCACGAGAUACAACGGAAAGGGAGAGAGGAAGUGAAAGACAGAAAAGAAUGGGUAGAUAGGGAAGGAUAAAAAUGUCGUUCCUUCUCCGGCCGAUGUUACAGCGAUCCUCGUAACUGCUUUUUUGGCAAAACGGUGCGAUUCUAUGUACAAUUUGUAAUAAUAAUAAUAAUAAUAAUAAUAUAUUG